AGGAGGUCAACGCCUGAAUAUAAAAAGUUAAAACGGGGUGAAAGUUCCAAAAAGGUUACGCAUCGAAAACAGAAAUACCGUGGAACAAGACUCUAGAUUUAAAGGUUGGAUCACUAAGACUAAUGACACAGGAAAGGUUAGGUGCCGUGCUUGUAAUUUAGAAUUCACUGCCGAAUUAACCGUAAUUAAAAAUCAUGCUAAAUCUUUGAAACAUGAUCUUAAGGUAAAAGCUUUGCCAAAGACAACAAUUACAGCUAUGCUUAAUAAGCCUGAAACCUCUUUGCAAACUCAGAGCAAAAUUGCCGAAAUUAAAAUCACAGGAUUUUUAACAGAACACAAUAUUUCUUUUAAUUCAGCUGAUCAUUUAACUAGUCUAAUUAAAAGUUAUUUUCCUGAUUCUAAAAUUGCACAGGGAAUGUCACUGGGAAGAACCAAAGCUGCUCAGAUAUCAAAAAAUGUAAUAGGUGCUUGUGCCGAGGAAGAAAUUAUCUCUUAUUUAAAAUGCAAUAAAUUCAGCUUGAUAAUUGAUGAAUCCACAGAUAUUUCUUCUGUCAAGACUAUGUGUAUUUGUGUACGAUUUUUUCAUCCCAAAGUUUGUAGAGUGCAAACACUUUUCUGGAGGCUUUUACAAAUUUUUUCCGGUGAUGAACCAGAGAAAGCAAAUCAAGGUGCUACUAGCCAAAGGCUAUAUGAAGAAAUACUUAAACUUUUUUCAAAAAAUGACUUUCCUCUUCAAAACAUGAUCGGUUUUGCAUCGGACGGCUGCAAUACCAUGUUUGGCAGUAAAAACUCCGUUGCCAUCAAAUUAACCAAUGAUGUCCCAGGGUUAAUGCUUCAAAAAUGUAUAUGUCAUUCUUUACAUUUAUGCGCGAGCGAAGCUUGUAAAAACUUACUUCGAAGAUGUGAAGACCUGGCCAGAAACAUUUACGGUUUUUUUAAAAAUAGUGCAAAACGGCAGGCAAUGUUCAAAGAAUUUCAGGACUUCUGUAAUACUGAGCCACACAAAAUUCUACGACCAGCGCAAACUCGAUGGCUAUCUUUACUACAAGUAGUUAGGCGAAUCCUGGAACAGUGGGAGCCUUUAAAAUUAUUUUUCACUUCUAGUUAUUGAGAGCAUCGUCUUAUAGCCAGCGAGGAAAUAUAUAUUGCUCUUAACAAACCAGAAAUUAAAUUGUUUUAUAUUUUUUUGGAAUGGGUUCUUCCCAAAUUUGUCG